AUGGAGAAAUUUGCUGUUAAGGUAGAAGAAGGAAAAAAAGGUCGAGAUGGGCAACCUUCGGUUGGUCCCGUUUAUCGUAAUCUACUGGCGGAACAUGCUUAUCCUCCUGUUGAUCCUAAUAUAUCCACUUGUUGGGAUAUUUUCAGAGAAUCAGUAGAAAAACAUUCUGAAAACAGGAUGCUCGGAUGGCGUGAGUUUGUCAAUGGAAAGUGGGGACCUUAUGUUUGGAAAACUUACAAGGAAGUGUACCAAGAGACUCUACAAGCUGGUUCCGCCUUGCGGGAACAUGGUUUUGAACCUGGUGCUCGAGUUGGAAUUUAUGGAUCAAAUUGUCCUCAGUGGAUUGUUGCAAUGGAGGCCUGCAACGCCCACAGCUUUAUUUGCGUUCCUCUGUAUGAUACCCUUGGACCAGGAGCUGUUGAUUACAUAUUAGACCACUCUGAGAUUGAUGUUGUUUUCGUUCAAGAUACGAAAGUAAAGGAACUACUGAAUCCUGAAUGCUCUCAUGCUCAAAGGCUAAAGUUGAUCGUUUGCUUCACUUCAUUAACGGGCGAGCAAAAGGAUAAGGCUGCCUCUAUUGGCAUCAAAACAUAUUCUUGGAAAGAGUUCCUUAAUAUGGGAAGAGAAAAUUCGUGUGAAAUUUUCCCUCCAAAACCGUCAGAUAUUGGUACGAUCAUGUACACCAGUGGCACGAGUGGUGAUCCUAAAGGUGUCAUAUUAACCCAUGAAAACAUUUCAACAAACAUAAGAGGCGUGGAUCUUUUCAUGGAGCAAUUUGAAGAUAAGAUGACGGUGGAUGAUGUGUACAUUUCAUUCUUACCCCUUGCUCACAUUCUCGAUCGUUUGAUCGAAGAAUAUUUCUUCCACAAGGGUGCUUCUGUUGGCUACUAUCAUGGGAAUAUCAAUGAGAUAAGGGAUGAUCUGCUUGAGCUAAAGCCAACAUUUUUGGCCGGCGUCCCACGAGUUUUCGAACGGAUUCAUGAAGGAGUCUUACAAACUGUUGGAGAACUGAACUGGAGAAGGAGAAAGAUUUUCAGCAUGCUUUACAAAUACAAGCUUUACUGGUUGAACAAAGGGUACAAACAGAAGGAUGCAUCACCCCUGGCAGAUCUACUAGCUUUUGGGAAGAUCAAGAGCAGGUUAGGUGGCAGAUUACGUUUGAUUGUCUCUGGUGGUGCAGCAUUAAGCUCUGAGGUCGAGGAGUUCCUUAGAGUUACUUCCUGUGCUUUUGUAGUACAAGGAUACGGGUUGACCGAGAGUUGUGGAUUGUCGACUAUUGGCUUUCCAGAUGAGAUGCGCUUGAUCGGAACAGUGGGUUCCUCUUUCGUUUAUUCCGAGAUCCGUUUGGAGGAAGUUGCAGACAUGGGAUACGAUCCGCUGGGCGAACCCUCACGCGGCGAGAUAUGCCUCCGGGCAAAAACACCAUUCGCGGGAUACUACAAGAACCCGGAAUUGACAAAUGAAGUCGUCAAGGAUGGAUGGUUUCACACAGGUGACAUAGGAGAGAUGCUGCCCAAUGGAAUUGUAAAAAUCAUUGAUCGGAAGAAGAAUCUUAUUAAGCUAUCUCAGGGGGAGUAUGUUGCCGUUGAGUAUCUGGAAAAAGUUUACACUAUUACACCCAUCAUAGAAGAUAUUUGGGUGUAUGGAGACAGCUUCAAGUCCAUGCUCGUCUCUGUUGUGGUACCAAAUGAAGAAAACACCUUAAAAUGGGCUAAGCAAAACGGCUUCAAAGGGUCCUUUAUGGAUCUAUGCUCUCUUGACCAGCUCAAAGAUCAUAUUAUCCUCGAGCUAAAAUACACAGCUGAGAGAAAUAAGCUGAGAGGAUUUGAGCACAUUAAAGGUGUAAUAGUCGAGCCUAAGCUCUUCGAGUUGUCUGAAAAAGAACUGGUGACUGCAACACUGAAGAAGAGGCGAGACAGAUUACUCAAGCAAUACGAGGCGGAGAUCGGUUCCCUCUAUCAGAAGCUAACCAAGGCAAGGUCAUAG